CUGCAAGCUACAAACUUUUCACAUAAUUCUAUGAAUAUUGUCUAUAGCAUCUUUAAAUUAGCAAAAAUAGACAGCAUCAAUCGUCAUGUGGCCGGAGAUUAUAACAAUAAUAAUAGAAUAAAGAAAACGAAAUUUUUUUAUAUAUUUUUUCACGGUGGAAUAGUGUAACGUUGAUGAAAGUAACUUUUUUGAAAUUUGUUGAAUGGAAUAGACUAUAUUAAUCAGAAAAUUCCAUUCAAACUGGUGAAUAAGUUUCGGAAGUUAAUAUAUGUAUAAAUAUUCUUAUAUCGCUUGGGACUAACCAAUUCAUAAUGAUAUAAAUUCUAAAUCUUUGAGAUGACGUCUGAAUUUGACCCUUUGUUUAUCAAAGGCCUGAGGUUACUUCACUCCAAAAGUAAAGAUUCUACUGACCAGCUGAAGCAGUUGCUGGAUGAAAUGAUUCUUCAAUCAAAACAGUCAAAUUCUAAAGACAAAAUAUACACAACUGUUAAAUUGGACGGUGAGAAUAAACUUCAUAUAAAAAAAGCUUCGUCUGUUGAAACUGCAAAAUACUCCUCAGAAGAUAACAGGAAGUCUGAAAAGAGAAAUCUGGAAAAGUUGAAACAAGAUAGCAUGGAGAGUGAAGCAAAAAUUCCAAAGUUAGAACCUCCUCAGGUUUAUUCCUAUUAUCCUUCGAGUCCUCCUGACUUACCAAAGCUUGACCAGUAUGUCACUAAAAAGGAAGAAGAGACAGAGAGCAGCGAUGAUAAUGCUGAUGCGGAUGAUUUUGCAAUGGAGAUGGGUUUGGCUUGUGUUAUUUGCAAUCAAAUUGAGGUAACUCAAGGGAAUCAGUUAAUAGAAUGCCAGGAAUGUCACAGUCUUUAUCAUCAGGAAUGUCACAGGCCCCCUGCCACGGAUUACGACUACAAUGAUCCACGGAGAGUGUGGUACUGCGCUAAGUGUGUUAAAAACAUGAAGAAAAUGGCCACCAAAACUCAAAAAACUGCAAAAUCAGGCAUUUCAGUACCUUCUAAAGAGCCUGUAUCACAAACAAAGUGCAGCAAGUCUGAGAGUUCACCCCCUUCUUUAAUAUUGCCAUUCAAGAGAACUGAAUUAAAAACGCAAGCAAAUAGCCAAGCGAAUAACCAAGUGACUGCUGCCAAUAAGCCCAUAGGUUUAGCUGGUUUAGCCGCUAAUUUUGGUGGCAGAACAACUGCGUCUGUUUCUACUGCAUCUGCUGCACCUCGUAGCGUGAAAAUCUCGACUUCGAAUACGAGUUUGAAAACUCCGUUCUCCUCCACGUCAAAGACUUCCUCUGUGUCAACAGCAAUCACGACAAAGUCUUCUUUUCAGAGUUUGGCAUCCACCACUUCCUCCUCUACAUCUAGUCAGAAGCCGUCCACGACGACUACCGCUACGAAAGGCCUCGGACUUUUGAGUGCAGUCGUGGCGUCCGUUCGAUCUGCGCCGCCCGUGGCGGCUGCUGCGCCUGGCAAUGGAAAUAGUGCUCAUAAGGUUGCCAGCUGCAGUCCACUCAUGAGUGCUGACAAAAGAUUGCAGAUAAUGAAGAAGAAAGCAUCCAAGCAACAGGAAAGGCGUAGAUUGUCCACUAAAUGAUAUGCAAUGCAGUAUUGGCAAACUUUUGAUCUGAUUGCCCUGUUUUAAUUGUUUAAAAGAUACACUAAUAAAUAAUGCAACACUGUGCAAGUAAUUUACGAAAUCAGAACCCAACACAUUUUUCUUAUGAACAAUCAUAACUUAUUAUUUAUUUUUUGUUUUUGCUGUAUUCGGGAUUUUAGUACCCUCAAAUUAUGGGGGGGGGAGUGGGCUGCUGGAACAAUUAAAAAGCAUCUAGUCCUAAUAGUUUAAUCAUGACGCCCCCUUACUUCUGCUAAUUUUUCUUUUUGCGUUUUUAGCCUUCAUUCUGAAACUAAUGAUCGAACUCAAAAAAUUCUUCCAUCCACUUAUGAAACUUGUUUCUUCAAUGAUAAGUUCACGCAAAAAGAAUUUUUUUUUUUUUAAUAAUUAUUUAUUAUGAAGAUUAAAAAUUAUUGGCAAAACUGGAAUUCUAAAGUAUACUUCUAGUCCUUCUUAUAGGGAAAUAUUUAAUGGAAUACUGGAACAAAAUCAAUUCCAAAACUGGAACAAAAUCAGUUAAAUAUUUCCUGAAAAAUAAAGAUAAAAAAUAUAACUUUUUUUAAUUUCUUGGGAACUAUUCAAAUGAUUUUAUGCAUAUUUUGAAUUUUGCCUUUAAAAAUUGCAUCAUUUAAAAUUAAUAUAGACAUGAAACUUUCUAUAGAUAGAAUUUUGCCAAAUAUAAGGAACAAAAAUUAUAUCAUUUGAACUUUUAAUAGCUCUCCUGAUGAUUGUAUUUUAUAAAUUGCAGUAACCUCUCUUAGUUUGGGCAUCCAAAUCUAUUGAUUAAAAAUGGCUAGACUUCAAUAUUCAAUUCCUACUUAACACUUAAUUGACAGAUCCUUCAAAUCAUUGUAUUUAAGUCACUGGAACAUUAGAUCAAAAGUUAUUUGGCCUCAGUUAUUAUUUGUCUCCUUUUUGACUCACUAUACUCUGUGAUAAAUGUUUCAGGGUUGCCACCCAACAGGGAAUCGUCUAAAAUAACAGAAAAUUUUAGAAUUUUUCCUUUCAAACAGGGAAAAUAAGCAGGGAAAGUGUAAUCUGCGGGAUAUAUGAAAAUGAUAGUUCAGCUAUAUCAAAUUUGUUAUAGCAUUAUUUCUUUUGUUCUGUUGAGCUGUUCCUUAUAUCCAGCAACUAGAACUAGCAUCCUAGUAUAGCACACUGUGAAUGCCUCAUAAUAAGUGUGCAGGGAAAACACAGGGAAUUUUUUUUUUUUUUACAGAUGUCACCCCUUUGUUUGUUCUCCCUUGAAAAAUAAGUAAAUACAAAAAAGUAUUUUUGGCAUGAUUUCUAUUUGUUCCAAUUAUGGAAUUGCAGAAAGAUUUUUACGCACACUAUUUUACUUCUUCGCAUCUUGAGUAAGAUAUUUUUUUUCUUCGUAUAUAUUUCUUCCAUGGUGCGUAGCGUUUUUAAAAAGUGCUUAAAGGUGCUUAUUUUCGGUUAUCGUUUUUUAAAAGCCCUUAAAGGUGCUUCAUGUUUUUGGAAAGUGCAUAAUUUUCCCUUUUCGAAAAUGAGAUUUUUUCUUUACCAAGUCGAUUUUCACCACAUAUUAUGCAAAAGCGUGCUUUUCACAUUCUAUUCAAUGUUCAGUUCGCAUGUACGUCUACUGAGCUGGGUUCGAUACGAUUCAAGCACUCUCAUUUCCAACCUCUGAAAUCAAACCGAAAAAUAUCUUGAAUAUAAUGAAGAAAAAAGUUCUUUGUCAGAAACUAGUUAUUUUAUCAUGAUCAUGUAGAGUCUUAGAAAAUUAUUUCGCAUUUUUUUUUAUAUAUAUAGUGCUUAAAAAUAUUUUUUGAGUGCUUAAAAAGUACUUAAAAGGUGCGUAAUUUUUGUUGAAAGAUUUGGCUACGGAUAUAACAUAUGGUCUUCAUAUAACAUAUUUGUGUUUAGAAAUUAGAAUCACAGUACUCUUUUUCUGUGUGUUUUUUUUUAUAAAUCAGGUUGUUAAUUUUAUAGAUGAAUUGACUAUUAUUUUGAUAUUUGCUAAACUAUGCGUCAAAUUUAAUUUAAGCACUUGAUUUCGCACCAAGGUUGGAAAUACCUUGUAAGUGUAUCUACGACUACAAAAUUCCAAUUCAUCAGUAUAUGAGACAUGUUAGCUCGAUUCUAUGUGGGAGAUACCUUCUCGUAGAUGAAGGUUGACAUUGUCGAUGACAAAUCUCCCCACAUUGGUGACCUGGACGUGAUGGGAACAUACCAUUGUCGAUAACUACUAUUUCCCACAACCUUCUGAGCUUAAACAUGUUUCUUCUCAAUAGUAUGAAAACAAAGUACUAAUUUAAAAAUAGGUAAAAUAAAAUUCUUGAAUAAUUAAAAACUAAUUGAGUCUUUCAAUGAAAGCUAUUUAUAUUUUCAUCAUGAUUUUUCAAUAGGUUCUGAUUUAUCUGAUUAGUUCAUCUUUAAAAUAUUUUUUUCUUCUUUUUUUUGUUUGUAACUUUUAUAUUGCAUUAAAUGACAAACUAAGUUUUUGUUUGAAUUUAAUGAAGGUAUACAGCUUGCUGAAAAUGUAGUUCAAAAUUGAAAUAUAAUAAAGAAAUAGUUAAAAUAAUA